AGCUCCGCCAAACCGGCGCACACGCGCGCUCCCCGCGGAACCCCGCCGGCCGCGCUGCGCUGUCCCGGAGGCGCGCCCGAGCCGCCCGGCCGCCAACAUGGCCGAGACGAGCGAGGAGGUGGCGGUGCUGGUGCAGCGGGUGGUGAAGGACAUCACCAACGCCUUCCGGAGGAACCCGCACAUAGAUGAAAUUGGCCUGAUCCCAUGUCCUGAAGCUAGGUAUAACCGGAGCCCCAUAGUCCUGGUUGAAAACAAACUUGGUGUGGAGAGCUGGUGUGUCAAGUUCCUUUUACCGUAUGUCCACAACAAGCUCAUUUUGUACAGAACAAGAAAGCAAUGGCUGAACAAAGAUGAACUGAUAGAUGUCACACGCACCCUGCUGCUUCUAAACCCAGACUUCACCACGGCAUGGAAUGUGAGAAAAGAGCUGAUCCUCUCUGGCACUUUAAAUCCAAUUAAGGAUUUACAUCUGGGAAAACUGGCCUUAACUAAGUUUCCAAAGAGUCCAGAAACAUGGAUUCACAGACGAUGGGUGCUACAGCAGCUACUUCAGGAAACCUCCUUGCCUUCCUUUGUGACCAAAGGAAACUUGGGAACAAUUCCUGCAGAAAGGACACAGCGACUAAUACGAGAAGAGAUGGAGGUCUGUGGUGAAGCGGCAGGGAGAUACCCAAGCAACUAUAAUGCCUGGUCCCAUCGCAUCUGGGUUUUACAACACCUGGCCAAGCUAGAUGUCAAGAUUCUUCUUGAUGAAUUAUCUUCUACUAAACACUGGGCAUCCAUGCACGUUUCAGACCACAGUGGAUUUCACUACCGCCAGUUUUUGCUGAAGUCUUUGACUAGCCAAACUGUGAAAGACAGUUCUGUGUUGGAGCAAAAUCCUUUGAGAAGUGAGCCAGCCCUACUGCUUCCACAAGACGAAGCAGCAGCAGCUUCCACAGAGGAACCAAGGAUAAAUAUUCCCCAUCUUCUAGAGGAAGAAGUUGAAUUCACCACUGAUCUUAUUGAUUCCUACCCAGGACAUGAAACCCUUUGGUGUCAUAGGCGGCAUGUUUUCUACCUUCAGCAUCACUUAAGUGGUAGUUUUCCUCACAGUGUGACCCAGUUGUCAACUGCAGACAGCCCUGUAGGGACUUCAAGUGACUUGCACCACAUCCCAACAGGCCCUCGCACGGCUCAGGCAAUGGAAGUGGAUGGAUUGAGUGACUCAAGCAAGCAAGGCUAUUCCCAGGAAACAAAACGCCUAAAGCGGACCCCAGCUCCCGAUUCCGUAGGCCUGGAAAUGGAACACAGGUUCAUCGAUCAAGUAUUGUCCACUUGCCGGAAUGUAGAGCAGGCCAGGUUUGCCAAUGCGUAUAGGAAAUGGCUGGGUACGUUGAGUCAAUGAAAAAGGUGAACUAUUCCUGCAAGGUUCCCAUUUUAGUGCAAUAUUGCUUUCCUUUCUUAUUUACAUAGCUGCAUGAACUGUCUGCUAUUAUUAGCUAACCAUAUAUUCUUCAUCUUUAGGUUAAAAGUCCAAAAAAGACCUUUCAUUUUAUUUAUUUUGUUAAGAACUGGCAUUCCUUUGGGGACAAAAAUAAUUGUGUACUUCUUUCCUGCUAAACAGUGAGUCUUAAUUUUCUUCUUUGAAACUUCUCAUCCUUUCUGUUUCUAUACUUGUUUAUUUCUAAAAGAAGCCUGUUUCUAGGCUUCUCAUUUGGUCCUCCUAGCUGGUUCAAUACCUCCACCCACCUCGGUGCAAUUGCUGGAUAGACUAAUUUUUUUUUAAUUAAAAAUGUAUGUUGUAGUUAAGCUUAAAAACAAUACAAAUGCAAAAUUACUCAAUCUAAUUGUUGUUUUGAGAAUCAAAUGGCCAGAUGGAUGGUUAUGUGAAAAUAUAAACCAUUUCUUUCUCUAACAUGUUCUACAAGUUAUAGACCAAGAUAACCAAAGUCAGAGUGUUGGAACUUAUAUGAAAAACAUGCUUCCAAUGUAAUCCAUUUUUAAAAUGGUUAUUUUAAAAAAUAAUAAUAAUUUUAAGAGUUUAUGUAAUUGCAGUACUGGAAAAUUAUUUUUAUUACUAGUUUUGAUAGAUUGUUUUUAACCUCAAAUUUGGUAUAUGCCAAAAACAUUUAGAUCAAUGCUUAUAAAAAUCAAUUUUUUAAAAAAUACCUGGAAUGCCAUUUUUAGUUAUUACUGCUUAUUUUCCUUCCAAUUCACCAUAAAAAAUGGGAGAAAUAUGCAUAGAAAUGUAUCCAUAAAAAUCUUCCUUUUUAAAAGUUUAAGUUAUUGAGGAUACACUGGAUAAACUACAAAAUUUUUAUGCAAUGACUAUUAAAAGUUUACUGGCAAAAGCCAGGGAGACAGACUAAUUUUGAAGGUUAAUUCUUUAAUCUUUAUUUUAAAAAAUAAAAUAAUUAAAAAACUUUGAUACUAAACUUAUCAGGGAUGAGGUACCAAAGUAUCCACCUUAUAGCUAUAUUUUAUCUUUUCAAUAACAAGGGCUGUUUUUUUCAGGUUGGUUGGGCCGAGGGGGUAGUUUGGGGAGUACCAGGUAAUGUCUAUUUUCCAUUAUUAUAUUUUCUAUUAUUAUAUUAUUAUAUUUCCCAUUCAUAAGUGGUCUGUGUUCCUUAUUUCCACAUACCUUUCUCUUCGUUGUCCCAAUUUGUUCCUUAUUUUUUGUCACUUUCACCUUUGUCUGUUUUUCCUUAUCUGUGUUAUUUCAGUAACAUAUUCUGAAGAUAUUCUUCCCUAUUUCCAAUGAAUUCCAUACUCCAUUAAACACAUGCACACAUGAAAUAUGAAUAUGAACUACUCCUCUAAAAGUUCCUCUAGUGAUGGAGGCUGUCUUGCCCUGUGUAUGUAAAGAAUGUGAGUCAUCGUGGCAGAAACAAUUGUGGCCACCAUGCUUUGUCUGUUAUCCUUUUUUACUUGCUAGGUCACCCAUGGUGCAAAGAGACGAUGUAGGGAAAGGAAGACCUCCUUUAUCUCACUGUUAUGGAAACUCUGGAAUUCAAUGAGACAUAUUACUGUAAGGGAAAAGAAUAAGUCCUGUACUUGUGCAUCAUGAUUUUGUUGAGUGGCAAAAUGUUGAGACUUAAGAACACUAGAAAAAUUGUCCAGCCUGGUUGCUGUAGACAGAAGGUGCUCUUACCUCUUAGGGCAAAAUUAUCCUUUUGUAGCUUUUACAGUAUUUUAGUGAAAAAAUAAUUGUCAUUAUGAACAUAAUUCCAUGGCCCUUUGUGUACAAGGCAUAUUUUGAAUCAAAUACCUCAAGGAUAAAACCAUUAACUUGUGAUCUUCAGCAUCUACAGGGAUUGAGGGGGAAAUUACACAGAGAUGACAUGGGAGAUUCAGCCCAUUCCACUGAUACAUGUUGCCAAAUUCUGGCCUCACUCAGUAUUAUCUUUUUUCUAAGCAUCAUUUUAAGUAUCCCAACUAUUAGGGCUUCUUAAUGCUUUGAUGUUAGAGUAUUCAGGACGUGAAUAUAGACAAAAACCCUGUGAAACAUCAGCUAAAUUUUAUAGUGCUCCACAUUUAAAAAAUAUAUAUUUUUAUUGAUUUCAGAGAGGAAAGGGAGAGGAAGAGAGAGAGAGAAACAUCAAUGAUGAGAGAGAAUCGUUGGCUGCCUCCUGCAUACCCCCUACUGAGAACCGAGCAAUGCAACCUGGGCAUGUGCCCUGACCGGGAACUGAACCAUGACCUCCUGGUUCUAAGGUUGACAUUCAACCACUGAGCCACACUGGCCGGGCCACAUUUUUUAUACCUUUCACAGAGUAUCUUGCUCAUCUUGUUAACUGUCUUCAUCUAAGUCUCUUAACCCACCCCUUUCUGAAGCCAUGCAGUCCUUUAAUAUCUUGGUCUCUCGUCUUCCUAAUAAAGUUUUAAGUAGGAGUGAAAAUACAAACAUUCAGAGGGUACUGUUUGUAUGACUUUUGUGUGCUGUUUCUAAAAAUUUUAUUUUUAAGUGUUCAUUCACAGAAAAACCUGGUAUUGUCCUAUAUGGUUGUAUUUUUUUUCCUAAAUGGUCGACACCUAAACUCACUAGCUGUAGCAUAAUAUCUUUUUGACUGAAUGAGCUCAUUCAGUGGAAAGGAUGUGUCUAUUUUUUGGGAUUUGUUAGUCUUCACUUACUUUGUAUAAAUAUGUCAUUGUUAAAAGAUGGUUUAGGUUGACAUACAUUUCAUCAAACUUUUACUGGAAGAAUAGUAGGCCGUAGUACAUCCUGUGGAUCAUGUAUACUACUGACAUGCAAAAAGCAAUAAGAUUGUCAAGAUCUUCAUCACCACCACUAACCCACCUUUUUUUAAUAUACCUAUUUUGAUAAUAUGGUGUUUUCAAAUUCUACUUGCACAUUGUGAAGGUUUGAUAAAUAUGUAUUCAAUUAAUGAAUGAUUAACUGUUUGAAGAGGGGAAAGAUUGAUCAUGAGUGAUAGGGUGAGUUAUGAUUGAGAAAUUAAUGAAUUAAAGCAAUGGGCUGUGAAUGGAUGAUAUAUUCUAGCUUCAUGAUUCUUCAGUGGAGCUAUUGCAUGUUGAAUAAGUUAAUUUUAUACAGCUGCUUUGUUUAUACAUCCAAGAAGUAUAGUUCUGUAAUUACCAAUUAAUUGUAGUUUAAUACAUACUAAAAAAUCAUAGGACUAAUGAAGCCUGCUUGCAUUAAGAACACUAUUUUCUGUUAUGAUGUUGCAGAAAAAUCUUACCAGUACAGCCAGAGCCACUGAGGGGCAUCUGAAGAAAUUCUCUAAUUUUAAAGACUUGUUGAUCUGUACCAGUGAAUGGAUAGUCAUUUUGUACUUCUCCUUUCCCCCUCCCAAACUUGAACUGUGGACCUUUUAGAUAUUUCUUAAACCUCUGUGAGUCAUUUUUUAAAUUUAAGGAUUUGAUACUUCGUGUUCCCUUUUUCUUUUCUAGGUUUUAGCAUUUUAUUACCUUUUUGGAAACUAUGGACACAGACUUUCAGUCAUAUUUCUUAUUCUUAUGGUACGGUUCUAAUUUUAAGUUAAAGGCUUCAUGAUUAAUAGGACUAAAUGUAUACAGAAUGUCACUAAAAGCCACUUAAAUUUUCAGACAAGGGCUUAUGUAACAAGAUGUGGAAACACAAGUUCUUGGAUUUGUAUGUGGCAUUUUGUAGGAAAGCAUAUAUGAGGGUAGACCGUGUGUCAUUUAGUAGAUAUAUUCAGGUCAUAUCAGCUCAUGCUUGUUGGGACACACACACUGAGUGUGUGUGUGUGUGUGUGUGUGUGUGUGUGUGUGUGUGUAAAGAGAACUUUAAAUAUUGUUGAGAAUAAGUUAUCAGUCUAGUAAUUUUAUAUAGCACAGAUGGUAUCUGACACAGGCGCUAAGUACAAUUUGGGAGUGCAACUACCACUUGUACAAUAAUCUGUCUCAACCUCAGUUCCCUGAAUUACAAAAGAUGCUAAAGAUUCAGUUAACAAAGGAAGUAACAUAUAAUCUUUUUUUCCCAUAAAGCUUUUGUAAGCUUAGUUAUUUUGUUACUAGAAAAUUGUAUUUUAAAACUUAAAUAUUUAAAUUAUGCUGGAAAAUUUGAACAGCAUUGUAACAAUUGACCUUUUUGUCUUCUGAAUAAAUUUCUCAAAUAGAACCAUUGCAAAUGCUGUCACCUUACAGACGUGCCGCUGCUUCCCGUGCUUGGGUGAACUCUGUCCCGGGCUCCUGUUUAAUGAAGUGCAUUGAGGCCCAGGGAUCUUAGGCAAAUUCAGUGUAAUGAAGGCAGUAAGCAGGAAAAAUCAGCCCUGAGAAUUCUACUUAAUGUCACACAGUGUCUUUUAAAAAAUAACUAUACAUACUGUGUUAAUCUGAGUGCCUUUCUUACUUUUGUGGGGAGCAAGAUUAUAUUUAAGUCUAAUGUUUAGGUAGAAAACAGAGAACAGAAGUUUUAUCAAACUGUUGAUUGUGACUCAUUCCAAUUGCUAGGCAUGGUUCCCAUGGAGUAUUUUAUCUAAUGAGAUACUGAUAUGAGCAGAUGUUAUGAUUUCGUUUGCAUUUCAUUAGUUAUCAUGUUUAAGCACCCUACCAAGAAGAAUCAUUCUUCUGCGGGGGUUGAAGGCAUCACAUUUGAAGUAUGGUAUGUGCAUAAUGAAACAUCAGCCUGGAACCCACACAGCCUGUGUUCAAAGGGAAACUGGCUCCCUCCGCUGAAAGAAAUGCAAUAUGAUUGUCCUAAAUGAAUCUUUGGCCUCACUUUAAGAACUUUUAAGAAUUACCCCCCAAAUCCAGGCCUAUGUUAAGAUAGUUGAAAGGAAAAUAAAUGGGAACUUUAUCCUUUCAGAUAUCAGAGGAAAAGAAGCAGAUACUGAGAUGAAAUUUCAAUUGUGGCAUUUUAUGUACUUUGGGUAUGGAAAGGGGAGGGAUGGGAAUUCCAUAUUUCAAAAUAGCAAAUAAUUUUUAAUUGUAGUUUUAUAAAAAUAGAUAGCUAAGGAUUCCAAAGUGCUUUUCAGAGGACUGUUGAAUAACAUAUUCCAGUAAUAUCUGUCAUGUUCAUAGUUGAGACAGAAAACCAUUGUGUCUGUUGGGAUCUGUGAUCAGGGAAGCCUUUGGCUCCCAACUUUCCAGGCCAUGUUAACGCUGUAAAACCAAACUCUUUGCUAGGAAAAAAAAGAGAGAGAGAGAGAGAAAGCAGCAGCUUCGUCUGCUCAUGAAACCUUGUGCUUCCAAGAAUAUUCGCUAUAUAUAUAUAUAUAUAGUUUGUGCUUUGGGGCAAUAAUAUGGUCCACAAAACUAACCCUGGCAUUUUUUUUUUAAUUAGUCUAUUAUUCCUCAGGGUGUAGAAGAUUUAGUAAAUUUAGGACAAAAUUUUAUAUUCAGUGGCAAAAAAGAAAAGGCAAAAAUAUACUAGAUAUAUUACUACUUCUUGAAAUUUUAGUGUACAUAGUAUUUUUUAUGAACCACUACCAGUGCAGUAGCACGUAGAUGCUUCGUGACUGCCUCAUUGUUCAUCGUGCUGCUUCAGUCCCUAUGGCUCUAUUAUGAAUGUUCUCACAUGUCUUCUCUGGAAACAAUUAUUUUUCAUGUUUGACAGAGAUAGGGGUGUUUCAGUGGACCUUUUCAGUUUUUGAAAAUCCUAUUGAAGGAAACGAUUACUGUUUUCAAACCAACUGACAACUAUUUUGCUUCUUAAAACUUCAGGUUCCCUAAAAGAGUGUUUUUGUGCUGACCCUGUACAUGUUCAGUACAUUGCAUAGUACUCUGUACCUUGUAGGAAUACAACAGGUCAGAAUUGUUAAAGGCCAGAAAAUUGAAACUAGCUUAUCUCUGUCUUCUCACCAUUGUCCAUAUUUUUAGUUUUAGGAGAAAUAAAGUGCAUAAGAUACAUAAUCAGGUUCAAACAUGCAAGGCAAAGAUUGCAAAUGAAACUUAGGUACUUUGAAAGCAUAUAUGUAUGUGUGUAUACAUAUAUAUGUAUGUACAUUUAAAUGAGAUUUGGAACUUGAGUUUAUAUCGUGGUUUUACAAAGAAUUUUAUCUAAGGAUUUUUAUUUUCAUAUUUGCUUACAGUGCUCCUGUUUAAAGACUUUUUUUAUUAGACCAACUCCCUCAAGCAAAGUUGGGACCCUAACACAAGUACCCAUUUGCCAGAAUUAAUCAGAUAUUAGUGUACACGCUAUUAAGUCUUUGGUUGCUCACAAACCAUGAUUUUCUGGCUUUUCUUCCAUAUCAUUAGGGAAUCAGCCUUAAUUUUAUGUAUAGCAGUCAUUUUCCUCAAAGUACUAUGCACCAUACUUCAGAUGGCUGUUUUUGUCUUUAUAAAGUAAUCAAUAAUAAAUUUGAGGUUUCUUAAUGUCAUAGGGAUGAACAAUUUUUCACGUCCAGAUGUUGACUCAUACAGCAUUCUAUAAAAAGUGCUCAUACAUUAUCCUUCCUCACAAAUGUCAUCUGGCAUUGGAGCAGGUCUUUUUUUUCUUAUUGGUUAAAGAAUGGGAGUAAACAGUGCAGUCAUCAUAGGUGCUCGAUAAAUAGUCAUUUAUUGAUCUAUCAAAAGAACAGCUUUCAGAAAGGAGACUGUUGUCAUCUUUCACUGAGGAGUAUAUUUGUAGAGUAAUAUAUGUUUGAAACUGAAAAAUUACAUCAUUGGACAUGAAUUUUCAGGCUUAUUUAAGUUGGCGUUAGUAACGUAAUGAAACUAUUGUUCAUGUACAUUGGUCUGAAGUUAGGGGAUGUGAAAAGUUUAAGUAGUUGUUUGUGCAAAGCACAAGAAUAAAUGCAGUUGUCUUCGUGGGCUGCUGAACUCUAGAGAGAACUGCUGUAGUCUUCUGCAGUCAGCGUCUAUGUUGGUAUAUCCAGUAUUACCUGGUUUAGAUUCUGCUUAUUUCUCCCUAAAUCUUGGUUGCUUUCCAAUAUCUUAAAAGUGGUAAUGUUAAGAUAUUAAAUAAUUGCUUGCUGUUUUUCUCAGAACAUCUUUAAAAUAAGGGAGACAUUUUUAUGAAUGAGAGAGUAGCUUCAGAAUCUGCUCAUUGUGGCUUUCAGAACAUUUUUGGAAUGCUCUGUAAUUCCAGUGGAAAUUAGAAACAGAUUUAAACAAUUAAACAUUCCAGCCUGAGCUGUGAGGAGCAGAGUGUGUAGCAUAGUUGUAAUUGGGUAUCGGCUCCCGAAGAGGUUCCUGACUGUGCGGCUGGCUUCUGACUGGGGUGACCACAGGCAGUAUUGUGUUUUGGUGUGUGUUGUUCCUAGGGGAAUAAUGGAAUGUGCACUAGAUUAACUUGUUUUUACGUUGGACAGGAUAAAAGUUGAGGUAUUAUAAGUAUGCCAAAUAUUUAUACACUCAAUUAUAAAAACUAAAAAAUGAAAGAAGAAAAUGAUGAAAGGUCAAUGAUUUUUUUUUCGUUAGCUUCUAAAUUUUUUUAAAUGCAAGUCUCUUGAACACUAGGCAGUUGCUUAAACACUGAGAGACUUUAAGGGAUAGUUCUCAGAUACUAUAUUCUGCUAUUAGCAUUCACCAUGCAUAUUAAUUUUACAUUGCUUGAAUAUUUUUUCCAAAAAUGGAGUAUUUAAAUAAGGUGCAGUCAAUAUUGUGUUAAGAUUCUGUUACAGGUUAUGGUUAAAUAGACAAGUUACAUAUAGGAUCUGUGGUGCAAGGUCAGAUCCUGGGCAUUAAAUAAAUGUUUGGCUAGUUUAUUUUCCCAAAGAUACUAAUUGUCUUCAUUCUGAUUGCACUGCUGUUAAGAAAAUCUGCCCUUCUCCACCCUCUAAAAAAGUUAUGGAAUUUCCUUCAGUUCUCAUCAUAUAAUAAUUGACACUUUUAAGGUUGUUUUAUGAAUUAUUUUUACACUUGAACUGUAUACCUUGCAGAAGGAUAAAAAUAAAUUCUGCAGUAAUGUGUGUGCACAGGGUGCUUAUGUGUUCUGGGAGUCGGUACUCCUCAGUGUUUAAAGUAUGCUAAGUUCUAAGACUAAUGUCAUAAUUAGAUAUUGCCUACAUCAGCUCUGUCCAAUAGAAAUAAACGUGAGCCACAUAUGUAAUUUUUAAUUUUUUAAAAGGUGAAAUUAAUAUUUUUAUUUAAUCCAAUAUAUUAAGCAUGUUAUCAUGUAAGUAUGUAAUCAAUAUUCAAAAUUAUUGAGAUAUUUUACCUUUUUUUUUUUAAAUUCAGCAUUUGUACUCAGAGUGCAUCUCAGUUCUGACUAGCUACAUUUCAAGUGCUCCAAUAGCCGCAUGUGGCUAAGGGCUUCUAUAUUGGACAGUGCAGACUCAUAGGGUACAAAGUAUGACUUUAUUUUAAAUGGGGAGAUGGUAAGGUAGGCAUGAAAUUUUGGUACUUUAUUUAGUAUAUUUAGAAAAGUAUCUAAUACAAUUAUCCACUCAUUUUCCUUCAUCAUUUUAUAUUUGCUCUAGAAGUAGACUUGCCCUGUUUCAGUUUGCCAAGCAUUACAUAAGGAGGAAGAAAUUCCAUGCCAUGUAAAAUACCAUGAUAUGCUACUUAUAACAACACGUUAUCAAUAACACAUUUUUCAAUGUGUUCACUAAAUUCUGUCCUGUUUCUUCAAAAUAAUGGCUUAAAUUGCAUGUUAAUUGUAUAUCUGUACCUAUUUUAUUUUUAUAUUAUUCUUACAAUACAAUAAUGUGUAUUAACAAACAGCCCUAGGAUUCUGAUCUUCCUAUGCAGCUGUCUUCUAGUACUUACUAGUAUACUUACUAAGUUGUGAUAAAUGGCAGAAAAGUAGAAUGAACCUUUUUUUUCUAUUAGAUUUGUUUUUAUCAUGUGAUCACCAUGUACCAAGCCAGCUAUACAUUACUGUAUUUCUGUAGAAUAUGGAAAAUAGUGUUUAUGUCUUAUCUUUGCUAAAUGUUUGCAGUUUCUAAGUAAACUUCUCAUCUCCUGAAA